AUGGCUUCCUCUGAGCCUGAUCGUACAGAGUUUGAGGUAGAAGAGGAAGCAGCAAAUGGCUUCUUUGAAGGAGAUUGUCAUGAUUCCCCUUUUGAAGAUGACGAGUCAUCAUCAGAAUCAGAAGAGGAAAUCUCGUCAAGUGAAGAAGAGGAGAAUUUCCCAGAAACCGAAGAAAAUGAUAAUGAACCAGAACUUCCAGAUGAUGAUCUUGGCUUUGAUAAUGGAUUCGGAGCUGAGCCAUACAUGUUUCAACCAGUACUUCCUCCCGGAGUAGAAGCCCGUAGACCUCCUGUUGGUGACGACAGAAAUCGGCUAGAAACUUUAGAUUGGUGCCGUUGUGGGAAUUGUGUUCUGAUGAGAUCAGUUACUGAAAGUGUUUGCUGUCAGGAAGUCGACUGCAUCAAAACCAAGAUGGCAGAGACGGACACGCCAGAUGGAUGUUUACGUGACCACGAGGCCUUUUGGCGAGUUGCAUUGGACCCAAUUAUUUUGGACAUUGCUUAUGCCAGCUAUGGCAAGAAACAGCGACGAGGGGUAGGAAACUAUGCACAAGGGAACUUGAAUGCGCGAUACAGAUACACUGGAUACCACCAAGUUGUAAGAUGGUGUUGGGGUAUUCUUGGCAAAUACAACCGUGUUCCUAUUCCAUCGUGCGUUAUUGAUCGCAUCGCCACAACUUUCCCCCCACCGCCAGGGCAGCCCAGACGAGGUUUUCUGUAUGCCCCUUUGGAUUAA